UCGCCCUAUCUCGCCCCCUUCGGUUGGAGCCUUCUCGGGAGCUUCCCCAGCGCCGCUGGCUGAGCUUUGUUACGGGGUGGGGCUGGCCCCCGGGGUUCACGCUCGGGGCGGGGCUGUAAGAUUUAGGAAACCACCAUGUCUGCUUCUGCCACUACAGAGGAGAAUGUUUGCAAUCAUGUGAAAGUGGUGGUUCGUGUCCGUCCAGAAAAUGAAAAAGAGAAAGAUGGCAAGUUUAGCAAAGUGGUCCAUGUUGUAGACCAGCAUAUAUUGGUCUUUGAUCCAAAAGAAGAAGAAUUCAGCUUCUUUCAUGGGAAGAAAAUACUUCAUAGAGAUAUUAACAAGAGGAAAAAUAAGGAUCUCAAAUUUGUGUUUGAUGCUGUUUUUAGUGAAAAUUCAUCUCAAAUGGAAGUCUUUGAGCAUACUACCAAAACUGUGCUGGAUGGUUUUUUAAAUGGAUAUAACUGUACAGUGCUUGCAUAUGGUGCAACUGGAGCAGGAAAAACCUACACGAUGCUGGGUUCACCUAAAGAUCCUGGAGUGAUGUAUUUAACUCUGAUGGAGCUUUAUAAUUGCAUGGAUCAAAUAAAAGAAGACAAGUUGUGCACUCUUGCUGUUUCAUACUUUGAGGUCUACAAUGAACAGAUCCGUGACUUGCUAGUAAAUUCAGGACCUCUGGCUGUCCGUGAAGAUGCUCAAAGAGGGGUAUUAGUUCAAGGAUUAACAUUACAUCAGCCUAAAUCUGCAGGGGAAAUCCUUCAACUGUUGGAUCAUGGAAACCAAAACAGAACACAGCACCCCACUGAUGUAAAUGCCUCCUCUUCUCGGUCCCAUGCUGUCUUUCAGAUUUAUUUAAGGCAGCAAGAUAAAACUGCAAGUAUCAGUCAAAAUGUUCAUAUUGCCAAAAUGUCCCUCAUCGACUUGGCAGGGUCUGAGCGUGCCAGUACCACAAAUGCCAAAGGAGCCCGUUUUAGAGAAGGAGCAAACAUUAACCGUUCCCUGCUGGCUCUUGGAAAUGUCAUUAAUGCUUUGGCAGAUCCAAAGAGCAAGAAACAGCAUAUUCCUUAUCGGAACAGCAAACUUACCCGUUUAUUGAAGGAUUCUCUAGGAGGGAAUUGUAGGACAAUAAUGAUAGCUGCUGUUAGUCCUUCUUCUAUGUUCUAUGAUGACACGUAUAACACUCUUAAAUAUGCAAACAGAUCAAAGGAUAUCAAAUCUUCUUUGAAGAGCAACAUUGUUAGUUUGGACAGUCAUAUGAGUCAGUAUGCUAAGAUUUGUGAUGAACAAAAGAAAGAGAUUUUAAUGUUGAAAGAGAAAUUAAGAGCUUUUGAAGAGAGAGCAGCUGUUCCUGAAAAUUGUGGUUCAAGCAGUCUUUCAAACCAACAACAAGUGGAAAUACAAAGAUUUCAAGAAAUUCUAAAAAGUUUAUUUGUCAACCGUGAGGAAAUCAGAAAAGAGCAUCUCAAGCUGGAAAUGCAACUGAAAGAAAAUGCUAUUAAGACAUACUACCAGAAACAAUGCCAUGAACAAAUUCAGCUGAUGUGCUCUGAAGAGAGAAUUGAAAAGGCCACUUGCAAACGGGAUCACAGGCUGUCAAUGCUGAAGACCCAUUGUUUGCAUGUACAAAAGAAAAAAGAAAACAUGAUGAAACAGUUUGAGGAAAAUAACAAUUGGCUUCAUCGUGUGGAAAAUGAAAUGCGUCUUCUCAGUCAAGAUGGUCAUAUCCCACAGGAACUUCGUAAAGAUCUUCACUACUGCCAUUUAAAGCUAGAGGUCAAGGACCUGAAAACACAGAUUAACCACAUGCUGACUUUAGUAUCCCUUCAAGAACAGCAUCAUAAGCAGACUGAAAAAGUACUAAAUACUUUGCUUCCAGUCCUAAGACGACAGUACUUGGUUUUAAAAGAAGCAGGAUUAGCAAAUGAUAUAAUUGAGGCUAACUUCAAGGAGGUUGAACAGGUGAUUCAAAGGCCAAAAACAGUAGUGUGGGCUGACCAGACAAUGGAAAAAGAACCCAAACAAAAUGAUCAACCAACAAUGUCUGUCAUCAUCGCAUUUCCACAACUCACGAGCAAUUCAAAUACUCCUUGCCGUACAUCUCCAGAAGUGAAGAAUAAUGUGCAACUUGCAACAGAAUGUGUAGGCCCUCUACAAAAAAGAACAAGGCGGAAGCUAAUGGAUUCUCCGACCACAUCUCAAAGCCCUAAAGCAUCCCAACAGUCUAGCCUUAAUCAGCUGGAGGAUUCUCUCAGCAAGGAGAUUCGUCCUAUUGUAUAUACACCAGAAGCUUGCAGAAAACUUGAGCAAAACCCCUGCACGUGGACUAUAGUAAAGCAGUCAUUACAGGUACCAGGUGCCAGGAAAAAGAACACAUGUAAUGCUGAAGACGUUAAUGUUCCUUUGAAAAGAGUAUGUAACAUGAAUUCUACAUUUCACGUAUCCGAAUGUGAAGAAGUGGACAUGAACUCAACAGUAACUCUCUAUAGAGGCACAACUGAAAUAAAUGAUGCUUCUACUAUGCUGUCUGAAAAGGAGUCACAGUCAUGCAGUAAUAGCAGUGUUUUGCAAAGACUUGGUCUCCCUUCAUUGCUAAAAAGAAAUCCUGGUCCAAUACAUGAAAAGCCAUCAUACAUGGCAAUGACUUCUGCCGCAGAAAGAAAAAGAAAGUUAUUAAGUUCUACAUCAAACACUGGAUUAAGUAGCCAGCAAGAGCCUGUAUCUGCAAAACGUAUUCGACAGGACAUCUUGUUAAGUCAUAAACCUCUACGAGUGCUCAAAACAGCAGCUCUUAGGAAGAAAAGCCAGAAACAAGAACAAGAUGUGCAAAGAAACCUUGUUAGAAGUCUUUCUGAAGGAAAUGUUGCAUUGGGUGUGAAAUCAAGGACAUCAAAAAAACUUUUAAUUCAAGUUUGUAAGAAAAAAUAAGGUUUAACUUGUCCUUAUUUCAAGCAAGCUUGGAGCAUGAGAGAACAGGGUGACUUUCACUAUCCUCUCCUGCAGGAUUUCUUGGGUUUUUUAAAAAAAGAAAGACUUAUCAAGUCAUUUCUGUCCCUGCAAUGCAUUUGUUUUAGAAUAACCACUUACCUCUCCA